AUGAUCAGAAUUGGUAAAAACAAAGUCCGGACGGGAUGCUUCACUUGCAAGCGCCGACGAGUCAAAUGCGACGAGGCACGACCCAGCUGCAAUCGCUGCAUCAAGGCUGGUAAGCCAUGUGAAGGAUAUGCCCACGAUCCGGAGUCUGGUCGAGGGAGGAGCGAGCUCGUCAGAUUCGUCGUCUACACCCCCCACAACCCAACUCCCCUGUUAUCUGAACACCCAGAUCUCGAUUGGUCGGAGCGGCGGUCGUUAAGCUACUUCCAGGAUCGCACGGCACUGGAGCUUACCGGUCCUUUCCAAUCCGAUUUCUGGCUGGCGUCUAUUCUGCCGCUCGCGAGGCAGGAGAGCUCUGUCAGACAUGCUCUCAUAGCCUUGAGCAGCAUGCACGAGCAUUUUGCUGGCGUCGAUCAUUUCUCCCCUACGCGAGGCGUCGAUUUUGCCCUGAACCAUUACGGCAAGGCUAUGCGUGAGGUCGUGAGACUCAACCAGGCCCAGCUCGAUCAGAAUUUUGAUUGCGCCCUCGUCACCUGUGCUCUCUUCUCUGCCUUUGAGAGUCUUCAGGGACAGUAUCACGAGGCGUGCAACCAUGCUGCCUCGGGGAUCAGAAUUCUCGCCGAGGAGCAGCAGAGCCCGAGCGCCAUUGCAAAUAAUCAGACACACACUAUCCCUCGUGAAGACCUCACGCGCUUCUUCGUCGCCAUGGAGAGGCAGAUCCUCGAACUCGGAGACCCAAACUUCCCCGGCCCUAGGCCGAAGUUUUACCAUACGAAGCCUCCAAGUCCCAUGCCACACCAAUUUACUUCGCACGAACACGCCUUGCUGCAUAUAGAAUUCCUGAUGGCAGAACUCUUCGAAUACGCGGCGCGAGCUGACCUUUUGGCGAGUGAGGGUCCCAUAACGGGAGAUGUUGCUCGUUCCCUUUUGAAAGAGUUCCACGCCAUCAAGACGCAAUGCGAGAGGUGGCAGGAGGCAUUUGACGCAUUCUCUUCGGUCGACUCGAACGAAUAUUCCAAAGAAACGCCUGACUCCUCCAGCUCAACCGCUUCAUCCCCAACAAACGACCAUUCUAGACCACGAAGUCCCGCUUUCCUGAUUCUUAGGGCGUAUCGGGCUCUCAUGAUAGUUCUCCUCGCACGAAUUGAGACCGACGAUGAAGCAGCGCUCAAUGAUUACACGCCGCAAUUUUGGAAGGCACUUGAUGCCGUGGAAGAGUUUAUCCAAAGCACUUCUAUUCUUGUCAGUCCCGUAGACAGCAGGUCGUCAGCUCAGCCUCCAUCGAACCCGACACACACAAGCUCAACCUCACCCUCGAACAUGACCUCGGCUCUACAUCCGUUGUCAGUACCGCAACAGUCUCUGGUUGUGCGACCGACUUUCUCCCUUGCCCUGGGAAUCGUGCCCGCCCUUUUCCUCAUCGCCUCCCGGACCUUCGACCUACCCUUGCGCGACAAAGCCCUCUCCCUCCUGCGCAUGUGCAAUCGGCGCGAGGGCCUUUGGGACUCCCGCCUCGCCACGAGCGUGGUCGACCGUGUCAUCGAAUUGAGGGAGCAGGCGAGUAACAUGAGCUCUUCGCACCCUCUCGUUGACGCAGAAAUCCAGAGAGCAACAACAACGAGCCCAGAAGCACACAUGACAGAUAAUUCCCCAGCGUCCGGACAAGGCGGCGGCGGCGGCGGCAACGCCGUGGAAUUCAGGAUAUUGGACAUCAAGUUCCUCCCGGGACGGAGAUGCAUGAUUCGAUACGCAUUCGCUGACAAACAGGGCAGGAUUGAAGGAAUGCCGAUCCCAAUGCUGAGUGGUGAAGCGCCGAGUCACGUCCCUGGCGCAAGCGCUCAUUUUGUAAGGGAUUUUUGGGAGGAGGUGCGGUGGGAAGGCUAG